UCUCUCUCUCUCUCAAAUCCUCAUCUCCACUUGUUUUCUCGAUCUUCCCACCCACCUCUUCAAUCCCCCAAUUCCGUCCAAAAAAAAAAAACCUAAUCCCGAUUUCCGAUCUGGAAUUCGUUAGGUUUCCGAUCUCAACAAAUUAGGGUUUUUGCUUUCGGCAUUUUCACUCUGUUUAAGUCAAAUUUUGCCUCCUAAGCCCAUUUUUACUCAAUUUUGCAGAGAAUUUUGAUAUUUAUUUCCCAGAUAUUUUUGGAAAUUUUGCUAUUUUUGGUAUAGAGGCUAUAGCCGUGGUGUGUUGAGGUGAGAAAAAAGGUUGGGGUUUUUUCUGGUGCUGAGAUGGCGGCCUCUGAGAGUCGGAAAAAUGCUUUGUCUUCUUCGUCUGAGACUCCGCAGCCGCCGAGGAGUUACGGCAUCACGAAGCCGAUUUUUCUCUCCGGGCCGUCGCAGUCUGAUCGUCAACGAAAUAUCGAACUCGGGAAGUUCUUGGUUGAUUCGGGGCUGUAUGAGAGCAAAGACGAGGCUGCGAAAAGAGAAGAGGUUCUUGGCUGCAUUGGUCAGAUUGUGAAAGACUGGGUGAAGCAAUUGACACGCCAGAGAGGCUACACCGAUCAGAUGGUGGAGGAUGCAAAUGCUGUCAUUUUUACUUUUGGAUCGUAUCGGCUUGGGGUCCAUGGGCCUGGAGCUGAUAUAGAUACUUUGUGUGUUGGACCAUCAUAUGUGAAUCGAGAGGAGGAUUUUUUUAUUAUUUUGCAUGACAUCCUGUGUGAAAUGGAAGAGGUAACUGAACUUCAACGAGUUCCUGAUGCUCAUGUCCCGGUCAUGAAAUUCAAGUUUCAGGGCAUAUCAAUUGAUCUUUUGUAUGCAAGCAUAUCUCUCUUGGUUGUCCCAGAGGAUCUGGACAUCUCAGAUGAAUCUGUGCUAUGCAAUGUUGACGAGCAAACUGUUCGAAGUCUGAAUGGUUGCAGGGUUGCAGAUCAAAUUCUUAAGCUUGUUCCAAAUGUUGAGCACUUCCGCACAACACUCAGGUGUUUGAAGUUUUGGGGCAAAAGGCGCGGUGUAUAUUCUAAUGUUACUGGAUUUCUUGGUGGUGUAAAUUGGGCUAUUUUAGUUGCUCGGAUAUGUCAGCUUUAUCCCAAUGCAAAUCCUAGUAUGUUGGUUUCUCGGUUUUUCAGAGUGUACACUCAGUGGCGUUGGCCAAAUCCUGUACUUCUUUGUUCAAUAGAAGAGAAUGAACUUGGGUUACCUACAUGGGAUCCUCGUAAAAACCCUCAGGAUCGCUUUCAUCAUAUGCCGAUAAUAACUCCUGCAUACCCUUGUAUGAACUCUAGUUACAAUGUCUCAGUAAGUACUCUACGUGUUAUGACAGAGCAGUUCCACCAUGGUAACAGGAUAUGUGAGGAGAUUGAGCUGAAGAAAAGCCAGUGGAGCGCUCUGUUUGAACCUUAUCUUUUCUUCGAGGCAUACAAAAACUAUCUGCAGGUGGACAUAGUAGCAGCCGAUGCUGAUGAUUUGUUGGCGUGGAAGGGGUGGGUGGAAUCUCGGCUUAGACAGCUCACCUUGAAGAUAGAGCGAGACACAAGUGGAAUGCUUCAGUGCCAUCCAUAUCCAAAGGAGUAUACAGACGCAUCCAAGCCUUGUGCGCAUUGUGCUUUCUUUAUGGGUUUGCAGAGGAAAGAAGGAGUAAGAGGUCAAGAAGGUCAGCAAUUUGAUAUACGUGGAACAGUCGAUGAGUUCAGGCUUGAUGUAAACAGGUAUGGAUUUUGGAAACCUGGGAUGGACAUGUAUGUUUGUCAUGUUCGCCGGAAGCAGCUUCCUCCCUUUGUCUUCCCCGAUGGGUAUAAACGGUCUCGAUUUUCAAGACAUAUAAGCCAGCAAGAUGAAGGAACUUAUGAAGAACCCUCUGGGCCUACUGAAAGACACAUCAGGAGGAAAAUUAAUCCUAAAAUAGAGGACACGAGGCCGAGUGAACUAGAGAAGCAAACCUCUAUUAGCCCACUACGGGUGGAGUCUGUAUCCCCAGAAAGUAUUGCAGGUAUAUCUGGUGGAACACCUAAUCCUAGCUUCAGUAAUGGUGGUAGAUUAGAGUGUCUACCAACUGGAGGCAAUUCUGGUGGGCAACUGGAGAGUGUAAAGGGUACCAUGGUACCUGUGGGGUUAGUUGAAAAUGUUGUGUGGGAGUCCAUCGCUGAAAAUGAAUCAACAGCUAUGUGUGCUUCUGAAUUCCCUACAGUCCAGAAGCCUUCAGAAGAGGGUAAGGAGUUGGUACAUCCGUCUGCAAUAUCUUUCUCGGAAUCCAAGGAAACAUGCCAGAUUGAAAUAAAUGGGGACAGAGUUGGAAAUGUGGUUUUGGUGGACAGGAAGAAUAUGGAGACUGACUCUACUGGUAGUGUGCUGAAUUGGACAGAGGGUGCUAUUGAUGUUGACCAAGAAUUAGUCAAACCAUGCAGUCAGACUAUGGGGGUGGAGAAUGCUGAAGGUGUAUUAAAAUCAACUUCCAGCAGUCGGAACCUCAAUUGCGAGGAUGAUUUACUUUCAUCAGGAGCACAGUUCCUUCGGAAAAGUGGCACUGGAAAUCUGCACGGCGUACUAUAAAAUGCCUGAUCAGAAGAGUUGGAGGUUUUGAACAUAAACUCUCUUAUGCUUUAUUCUCUCUUGUUUGGUUCUCUUUUAGACUCGUGUACAUAAUCUUCCAUUGUCUUUUUCUGUCCUUCACUCUUUUUUGUGUUAACUGCUUGACUAAACUCUUUUCCUUCACAUGCUGGUAUUAAAUUUUUUUAUUUUAUUUUUGGGUUAUUAUCACAAAUGGUACCUGAACUAUACCUUAAUUUUAUUGAUGGUACCUGAACUUCAAUUUUGAUCACAACCAGUACCUGAACUUUUCGAUUUCAUUUUAAAUGGUACCUAGAGCCACCUCCGGUCACUAUUCCAACUAAAAACGGCAUGGGAGGCGAUCAUAGUGAUGAUUUUUAAUGAUUUCAAGGGUUGCGAUCAUAUAUAGUGAUGAUUUUUUGGUAAUAGACUUGCCUUGAACUUGUUUUUUUUGUUUUUUAUUUUUUUAGAUUUGGGUUUUUUGGCCGGAAUAGUGACUGAAGGUGCCAUUUAAAAUGAAAUCGAAAAGUUCGGGUACUGGUUGUGAUCAAAAUUGAAGUUCAGGUACCAUCGAUAAAAUAGAGGAAAAGUUCAGACAAUGUGCUUACUGGUGCAUAUUGUGGUGGCAGGUCCUGCACCACUAUAAGCGCUUUGUUUCCAGUAACUAUGCUUAGACCUUACUAUCUUCGUAUCUCAUUCCCUUUUUAUUUUUUUUUCAUCUCUUCUACACAAUAUAUGUUUUUGUUAACCUGAUGAGUCUUUCUGAUCCUUGAUUUUGUAUUGUAUAGCCAACUGUAAUCGCAUAUGCUGUCAAUUUGGAAGCUGGAGCUAGGUUAAGUCUGAGAUCAAUGGAAUGACAUAGCCGAGGAGAAUUGUUGAAGAGGGAGUCUCACUGCUAUUAGAGAAAGACCCAGCACAAUGGUAAGUGCCACAUAACUGCUGGCUUUCAUUAUGGCUUAGGUGGGCAUGUGUAAAAUGUGAAGCCUAGUGCCUGGGAAGGUUCAGCAAUGCAAAUAGCACUGUGGUGGUCUAGUGCGUUGGAAUUUCGAAGCUGGUGGCGAGACAUUGAGCACCAUGAAUUUGAACCGAGUAUGCUGGUGCAUUGCAGACUCAAAAGGACCUUGUUAUUUGAGGCAACUUGGUGAGGGUGGGAAGGAAGUUCUGCUGCUCUGUAUUGAAACUCUUUCUUGGCAAAGUGGUUGCACAAGGACUUAAGGACCCUGUUAUUUGAGGCAACUUGAGUGUGUGGGAAGGUAAUUCUACAGCUGUCUGCGUAUGGAAAAGUCAUUGUUGGGGCAAAUAGGUUCCAAAAUAUUUGGGGCAGCGAGCAGUUACUUUCUUGUUUUUUGCCAUGUAUAACACUCGUCAAACUUAUUAACUUUGUACCCCCCAGACCAUUGUAACACAGUUUCUUAUACAAGUUGUCUUUUGCCA